AUACAUUACUUAAAUUAAAACAUAUUUAUACAAGUGCAAAUGAACAUACAACACAUAAUGCAAUUAAAAAUACUUUCCAUAUCGAUGUCGAGUGUAACAAUAAGAACAGUGAACUGGAUGCAAGAGCACUCAUUGAAGCAGAAGUUGUACAACCUACCAAAACAACCAAUUCUGGAGACAUUGCAGUGAAGCGUAAUAUAUAUGAUGAAACAACUGUUAAAAAAUUGAAGCAAUCAUUAAAACAGAUGCAACAAAAAAAUCGUCUGUUGAAAAAACGGUUGCAAAAAAGAGAUGCACGUUUUCAGACAUUGUUUAACAAAGAUCAAACGGAUUUUCUCACACAUAAUACACAAAGGGGACACAUAUGGUCUGCAAAUACUAUAAAUAAAGCAUUGAGACUAUAUGUGGCCUGCGGUUGUAAAGGAUAUGAAGAAUUGCGCAGGCAGAAUCUACCAUAUCCAAGUAUCCGCACUUUACAGCAUCGUAUAUCCUUACUGGCUUAAAGGGCUUACCCUUUAAGCCAGGUACUUAUGGAGAGAUAAUGAACCUUAUAAAAAUAAAGAUACAAUCUUUUCGACCAGAAGAAAAACACGCAGUAUUAUUAAUAGACGAAAUGUCUAUAAAACCGGAUUUACAGUAUGAUAGUUGUACGGCUUCAGUUAUUGGACGACCAACAAUGAAAUUAUCAGGUGAAUUGGAUUGUAGCAAUAAACAAGCUACUCAUAGCCUCGUGUUUAUGCUAUGUGGUGUUUCCACGAAAUGGAAGCAAACUGUUGGUUACGAAUUCACAGCCAAUUCAUUUUGUGCUAAUGAAAUAGUGCAGAAGAUCACAACAAUAAUUCAAAAGGCACACGAUAUUGGACUGACAAUCAAGGUAAUAAUAUCCGACAUGGGCGCACUAAACAGAAGCUGGUGGAAAGUAUUGAAUAUUACGGCUAGCAAAUUUAGCAAAAUCAAUAAUUUUAUUCAACAUCCAUGCAACGACCAAGAUAGAUUGUUUGUUAUGGCAGAUAAUGUUCACGUAUAUAAGAAUGUUGCAUGCUCACUAACAUCGGGAAAAACAUUUUAUGUGGACGAAACAAUAAUGAAAAGAUGUAACUUGUCACAUAAAGCAAUUUCCAUUGUGCCUAUUCGUGAAGUAUUUCAUUUAGACCGAAAUGAAACAUUGAAAUUGUGUCCACGUCUCACAGAACAUUGUAUAAAUCUAUCGCAUUUUGAAAAAAUGAAUGCUGCAUUAAGUGUUGCAGUAUUGAAUAAUAAUGUUGCUGCUGCAAUAUUAUAUCAUAUAAAUCACGGCCGCAUUGCUGAUAUACAAAAGACUACUGCUUGGUUCUUAACAAUAAUACACAAGUGAUUCAAACUCAUGACAAGUCGUUAUGAAAAACUUGCAUUAUCUCAUUCUAAUGAAUCAGUGUACAAUGAUUAUAUAACGUUUCUAAAAGAGUUUAUGGAUAUUGUGAGAGCAAUAACAGUCGAUGCUGGUAAAUGGCAACCAUUCCAGAGUGAUUUAUUAUUGUGUACACAAACUGCUCUGGAUGUACAAGUAGAAUAUUUAAAGAAAUAUAAGUUUAAAUAUAUAUUACUUGGACGACUUACACAAGACGCCUUGGAAAAUUUAUUUUCAUUAAUCCGAGGGAGACAACCUGUUCCAAAUGCACGUGAUUUCAAACAUG